AAGCGCCCUCUUUCGGCUGUGGUUGGCAACAAGCAACAUGUCUGACGGUAGCUCCGACUGUGAAGGGGUUUAUACCGAAACCUGGGUCCCCUACAAGGACCGUCAGGAAUGGAAAGACAUACAGCCUGUCCCCCAGGACGACGGGCCACACCCAGUGGUCCAGAUCGCCUAUUCGGACAAAUUUCGGGAUGUGUACGACUACUUCCGUGCCAUCCUCGCCGCAGAGGAGAGAAGUGACCGGGCUCUGGAGCUGACAAAGGAUGCGGCGGAACUCAACCCAGCAAACUACACCGUCUGGCACUACCGGCGAGUGAUUCUGAAGGGGCUCAACAAAGACUUGAAGGACGAGCUGAGAUAUGUGUCGGAGGUGAUCGAAGACAACCCCAAGAACUAUCAAGUGUGGCACCACCGCCGGGUGUUGAUUGAGUGGUCCCGAGACUCGGGUCAGGAACUUCACUUCACGGAGAAGAUCUUGAGGGAAGACGCCAAGAACUACCACGCUUGGCAGCACAGGCAGUGGGUGAUUCAGGAAUUUGGCCUCUGGGACAAGGAGCUGGACUAUGUGGACAAGCUGUUGAAGGACGACCUCCGCAACAACUCCGCCUGGAACCAGCGCUACUUCGUCAUCAAGAACACCACCGGCUUCACCGACACCGUCACAGAGAAGGAAGUCGGAUAUACUCAAGAUUUCAUCAAGAAAGCUCCAAACAACGAAAGUGCGUGGAAUUACAUGAAAGGGGUUCUCCUGGACCGGGAGUUGAGCAAGUACCCAGGGCUGAUGGAGUUCUGUACGGAACUGUACGACAACCGGUACCGCUCUCCCUACCUCAUCGCCUGCAUGGUGGACACGUACGAGGAGAUGUUGGAGCUGGGCUGUGAGGAGAAGGAGUCUGUGCUGCAGAAGGCCCUUGAGUUAUGUAAUUCCUUAGCAGAGGAGUAUGAUACCAUCCGGCGGGAAUACUGGAGCUACGUGUCUCGCUCCUUAGCAUCAAAGUUUGGGACUGAAGUAGGAGUAAACUCCUAGUACAAAUCGUGAUUGAUCAGUAGUAACCGUGUACAUAUCCCUGAUACAUCAUCCACAUUUCCUGCACUCCUACAAGGGACGUCACUCAGCCAGGCAACAGAUAACAUCGUCACUAAGUGACGUCUCUUGCCUCCUGCACCUGAUUCCAAUAAAAUACAGGAUUUCUCCAGUUCUUUAGCCAGGUAUGUUGCAAGCGGCAACCAUUGAUUCACAGUAGCAGGGUUGUCUGUUGUGACAUUAUCACGGUUUGUUUGACCUAACUGGGUGGAGAAUAACAAGCUAUUGCUGGCAUCUAGCAUUUUAUAUCUCUAUCUUACCAAGACACUAAAAGUGUCUUGGAUAGUUGCAUCUCGCGCUGAGGUCAGACCAAGGUGUUUUGCUAUGUUUUACAGAAUUUUCAUGGUAUUAACGGGUAAAAACAUAUUAAAAAAAUUAUGUAUACUACUUAAUAUUUGCUGAGGAGCACCCCUUUGACUGAAUAUGACUUUUAAUCCUUAGCAAAUGUUGUGUAGUAUAUAGUAUCAUGUUGAGAAUGUUUCUUAAAAGAACUAUUGAAUUAUUAUUAUUAACAAAAAUACAAUCAAAAAGAUGCUCAAAUAUUAUUAUUAUUAUUUUAUUUUAUUUUUUUUCCACCACAAUUCAGGCACAUUCAUUUGUAACUAAAAGGGGAAAAUAUUGGUCUGUCUGUAAGGUAUAUCUCUCUCAUACUUGACAUAGUUCCUUCUUCACCAAGUUAUAUAUAUAUAUAACCUGCAUACAUGUAGCCCUAUUGUAUGAGACAUGGAUGACCACCACCAUAGGGACCCGAUCCAUAAGACAACUGUAGUGAAGAUCACGUUGUGGAAUUGGGCCCUGGACGGUGCUUUUAUUUUUGUGUGCUUAGAGUCUCGUGUUUGGUUUGGAUGUAAUUGGAUUUUCUUCAGAAUUUUCUUUUGUUUUUCUGUAAUCCAUGAUUACCUCCUUCAUUUGAGGACUUAUACGCAUUUUACAUAUCCUGAAGCACCGAAACCCCGAUUCAGUGGGGACUCCUGUUUGAUGUGUCCACAUGUAGUCAAAGGGACAUAACUCUAUCCACUGUUCAUUACCUGCAAUAAGAAGGGCUUUAUGACAUCCGUUUGAUCAUGCAGGGAUCAGGAUUUGAAGAAACGUUUUGGUGGAAAUCUAUUUUGAAUCCAGGAACUGGCUCUGAUUUAAACAAAGAUGAAAGGGAGUGCGGGAAUGAUGAAUACGACCUUGAGAAUGAUGAUAAAAUGCUAACAUACACCAUUAUCAUUCAGACCAAUUUUACAAGAGUGUAAAUAUUUCGAGAAAAACAAUCUCCAAAUCUUAUCGUGUUUACAAUUAUUAAAUUUGAUUAUUGCCCUUUUGUAGAUGCGUAACAUGCAUCCGUUUUGUAUUUACAAUUAUUAAAUUUGAUUAUCACCCUUUUGUAGAUGCGUAACAUGCAUCCGUUUUGUAUUGAACAAAUAUGACUUCUUUGUGUGAAAAUCCUCGAAAGAUCUUUUUCUCAGCGUGCUUGAGUGUAUCCUCGGAUUGAAUUUGAAGUAGUUUAAAUCAGGAUUGUUCACUGAAAGUGAAGCACAUAAUAUUGAAAUGAUCAGGUGAUGCAAACUUCUAUUUUGUUUUUUGCUUUUGAUUGUGUUGCAAAAGGAUUGACAUGAUUGAUGUGUGAAUGAGCUAUAGAUUUUUGGGAUAUGAUUUAUGUGUGAAUGCUCCUUAACCGUAUGAAAGGUCUAAUGAUAUUUGUGGCCUCAGAAAACAAACAUCAAGAACAAGCUUGAUUCUGCAUUUUGGAUUGACCAGGUGGUGUACAAUAUGAACAUAUAUGAAGUCAUGACAAUAGUCAAUUAUGUAAAAGUUCACCGGUGAAUGAUUCAAAAUUCCACGAUGUUUAAGUCAACAAGGCUAUCAUGACAACACAACAUAUUUCAUAUUACACAAGGGGCGGUCGGGUUGCCUAGUGGUUAAAGCGUUCGCUCGUCACGCCGAAGACCCGGGUUCGAUUCCCGACAUGGGUACAAUGUGUGAAGCCCAUUUCUGGUGUUCCCCCGCCUUGAUAUUGCUGGAAUAUUGCUAAAAGCGGCGUAAAACCAUACUCACUCACUCACUCAUAUUACACAAAAAGUGUUUACUAAAGACACUUGGAUGCCAAAUCAAGAAGCUGCAAGUAAAGUUAUAGGUUGAUAUGAAUACUCACGAGACACAAGCAAUCACCAGUUUUCAAAUGUGUCUUUUCAACCUUGCAAAGUAAAUUAAAGUCACACAUGCCCAGCAACCUUGCUUGUCGUGAGAGGCGACAUGGUCAGGCUCGCGGACUUGAUUGAUACUGUCAUCGUUGUAACCCAAUGGUGUUGAUCAUUCACUAUCAGUCACUGCAAGAUCCGGGUUAGAAUAGGUUUUCAGCAACCCAUGUUUGCCGUAAAAGGCGACUAUGCUUGUCGUAAGAGAUGAUUAAUGAGAUCGGGUGGUCAGGCUCGCUGACUUAAUUGAUGCAUGUCAUUGUAUUCCAAUUGCGAGGAUCGAAGCUCAUGAUGUCAAUCACUGGAUUGUCUAGUCCAGACUCGAUUAUUUACUGACUGCAGUCAUACAGCUGGAAUAUUGCUGAGCACAUUAUUUAAACAACAAACAAACAAUCACUGAAUUGUCUGGCCCAGACUCUAUUAUUAAGAUGCCGCCGGAAUGGCCAGCUGAAAUAUUGCUGAAUGCAGGGUUAAAUAACUAAUACAGAAACAGGUGUGAACGACUGUUAAUCCUGAGUUAUUGUCUUCACAUCUUGUAAAGCUUGCCAUAUUGUGUAAUGUUUCCAUUUACACGUUCAGGUAGUGCAGUGUCCCAAAGGGGACAAACACAAGCAAAUCCUAGUUUGGUGAGUUUAUGAUGUUAGACGCAGUCAUUCAAUUUGCACUGAUAUUGUAUCUGUAUGAAUGUUUCAUUGUAUCAAGGAAGUAUAUGUGCUACAUUUUGACCGCUUUUGACAUAUUUCGGAUAUUGACAAGAAGUUGUUGUAAAAUACUUUGUUUUUAAACAAAUUCAUGACAGGCUUACACAAUGUGUUAAUACUUUGGAUUAUUAUCAUACAUGGUUUCAUGUUGAGAAAUAAAAGUGUGAUUCAGUAUGGUAUGUGCAGAAUGUUGUACGUGGUCAAAUCUAUUUCCUUCAUAUGAAGAGGAAUUAUGAGUUGUGUUAAAAUUAGAAUAUUUUAUAUAUUGCCAAGAGAUAUUUACUUGUAUAAAACUAAUAAAUAAUUUAUUUACGUCUUUACAGUUUUUUUUUCACCUUUGUUUAAACUGCUAAGGCUAAGCUUCUUGUAAAUUGCUUAUAGAUAUAAAGGCUUGCAUAAGGCUCAGCUUCUGAGGAUCCAUAAUAAGUGGACUGCCACAGGUUUGUAAAGAAAUUAAAGCCAAUCAUCUCUUGAUUUGUGUUAUUAUCUGAUUGAAAUGUAUGGACUUAGCACUUCGUGUUCCGUCAGUUGACAUUUGUGCUGUUUCUCAAAAGGUUUGGCAAAGAUCAACAUUUUGACCUCAGGAAAGGUUUUAUAGAUGAGAUAUGAAGUGAUACUGACGUUUCCCCUUUGUUGUUGCUCUAGGGGGAGGGGGGUACAGGCUUCAUGGCAUGUGGGUAAUGAGACUUUCAGUUUAUGAGUUGUACAUAGUGCUAAAUUUUCUCCUUUUAAAUACAGUUACGGUUUUGAUUUUUCACUUGUAUAUAGAGAUCUACAAAAAAAAUGCUGCAUAUAAAUUAUUUUUGGCAUUCUUGUAAAAAUAAACAUUAAACAUUUUUUAAUGUUUUGUUAAAAUUAACUGCCAAAGAUUUAGGAUUUGGGUAAUUGGAGUGAGCAAGCUUGUGGAGGUGUGCCAAUUUUUAGAGAAUCACGAUAUGAAAUGUAUCAUCACUGGAUGGCAGUUGUGAUAUGUUUGUGAAUCUAUUUGUUUGAUGGUGUGUUUGAAAAUUCAAAUGGAUGGAUUUCCUUUUUGUUAUGUAUGGCAGCUACAGUGAAUCGGUCAGCGUGUCUGGACACUUAUUAUUUUUCAAAUGCUCAAGUACACUCCAUGCCCUGCUCUGUAGAUAGUCUCGAACCAAAUGUGAAGUAUAUUGUCUGUCAUUGAUGUACAGGGUUUGCAUAAUAAAUGUCAAAUUUCAGAUUUACGUUGUUUGUUGGAAUUUCAAAAUUCUUUGAAAUGAAAUGUUUUGAGAAUUUUGACAAUAAUAACUUGUAAGUUUGCUUCUGGUUUUGAGACUUUUAUGCAGUUGCUUCCUGUUUGAGAUGGCCCUGUGGUCGGAGUUGUUGCCGCAGCAGCCUGUGCAGCAAGUUCUUUUCCUGCUUGAGUGAUUGGUGUGCUGCAUAUGUCACUGCGCAUCAGAUGAAAUAAACCUCAGUAUUAUCUGAAAA